GGCAAGACGCGACGAAAUUAGCUUAGCAUGAACUCAAUAAGAAAGGAGGCGACGGCACGACGCGACGGCACGACGUUGUGCCGUCGCGUCGUGGCGUCGGAGCAACGGUAUGACGCCACGACGCCAAAAUGGCGGGAAUAGAACACCAUACAGUUGUGACUUACUACCAGUGCCUCAAGUGUACAAGCCAGGUCACCGAGUCCAUCAUUUUCAUUUCACCGGACACCAAACAUGACCACAAUGCUGUCCAUGACUUUAUGGAUCUGGUGGUACUGCAUCUUCGACAGAAGCGGGGGAUAGAUAUUGGCAUGAUGGUUCGUUUCUCUGAUGGAUGCGCUAGUCAGUACAAGUCCCGUGGGCCCAUUGCAGAUAUCGCGAAAUCUCAAGAAAACUACCAGUUCCCACUCUCUCACAAUUAUUUCGGUUCACGACACGGGAAGGGGCCAGCUGACGGUGAAGCUGCAGUGAUAAAAUCUCACGCAACUAAUGCCGUUAAGAGUGGUACUGCUGUAAUCCGGGAUGCACGUGCUCUCUAUGAGCACUGUACAAAGAACUUGGAGAAAGAACCCACUGAGAACAACUGCCUCCACUUCAGAACAUCUUUUUACUUUGUUGAAGAAGUCAUACGAGACAGAGCUGAAAGCCAAAUCAAAACCAUUCCAGGGACACGCGCCAUGCAUAGCAUUCUUUCUCUGAAGAAUCAAGACCAGGUGAAGAAACGUGACCUGAGCUGUUUCUGCUCUGCAUGCAAAGACGGGACUCUUCAAGGAUGUGAGAAUGCAGAGUUCGUUGAAGACUGGCAGACGAUUGGCCUGAAAAAGUUGAUGACAUCACUGCUUUCUCCAAUCCUGAUGAACCAACAGCAGUGACACAGAUCCAGCCACCACCAGUGGGAUGGAGAGGACGGGCGAGGUGGAUGAAGCCGUUUGUCUAAUGCAGCAGAAACAGACAACUUGCAAUGAUGGUGACUAUGUUGCUUUGACUUUGUCCAAGAUUGCAUAAAGAGGAAACCGUGAAGACUCUGCAGUUGCUUACAUAGCUUGUGUUGAAAAGAAGCUUGCCGGUGAUUUCAUACUGUUGAAGUUUAUGGAGCGAGUUGGUACAACGGGUUGUUCCUUCAUUUGGCCAGCAGGGGCAAAGGGCAGUCAGCUGUACACGUAUUCAGUGGAAGAAGUCCUGUGCAAACUUCAUCCUCCUGAAGUUGUAAUCAAUCGGCGCUCUAUCCAGUAUGUUUUUGCUCCUGAGGACAUUGACUCGAUUAAUGCCUCUAUUUCUAGUAAAAUCACCCUGAAAUAAAUCCUUUGUAAGUGGAAAUGAAUGUGGGGUGGAAAUAUUUCAUUUCCGAGUUACAUUAUAUUUGACACUUGGAUCAAGAUUUCCAUUUAUCAUAAAGGAUGAGGAAACAGUUGUUUGGAUUUAUCUACAAAUUGAAAAUGAUACCUGCCUCUUGGAAAAUUUAUACAGUUUCCUUGGAAUCUGAAAUAUUUGUUUUCAUUUUAAGCAUUUUUCUGAUUAACUUUGCAAUCAUCAUGCCCAUUAUGUUACACAAUGGUGAUGUCGACAUUAAAGCCUUGUUAAACUGCAAAGUACUCCAAUUCUUAAGAACAUCAGUAAAUCUGACAUUUGUUUGCUGCAACAGUUAAAGCCCCAUCUGUAAAACAUACCUAGUGUGACUAAAAGUAGAAGAGCAGGUCGAAUUUUGAAGUUCCAGGGAGUACAUUUAACCUUAAUUUGUUCAUAGACCUUUCAGAAAGGAGCCACCUAUCAAGUACGUACACCUGUAGGAUGGGAUGUGUACAGUAUCUCUGACACCCCUGUUCCUUUGUGCAUAUGAACUUUGAUAAUGACCCCAAACAGCAUGAAAUAUUUUGAUCUUGUUUUAAUGAAAUGACAUGUAUUGGUUUUGAGUGUGUGUUUAUAAGAAUGGCUUCUGGAAAUGUGUUUUCAGUCAGAUUCUGAUUUCUUUCAUGCGUAACACGGUAGUGUUGUACAUGUACAUGUAUUCAAGUCCUUUUCCGAGUCACACAAAAGUAGUAAAAUACAAAGUGGUACAGUUAAAUCAAAUCUAAGUAACAAGACAGUGAAAUUUGAGCAAAUUGAUUUUUAAGAAGGAAUAACAGUAAGAAUGUUUGGAAAGACGUUUUAGAAAUUAAGCAAAAGGACUUGGACCCAAGUCAUUUUUCAAAAUCUUGUCCAUUUUUAGUACACUCAAAGUUCCAAACACUCACACUACUGUUUUCUUUAAUAGAUAAUGUACUUUGACUUCACUGUCUUGUUACUUGGACUUGAUUUUAACUGUACCACUUUGCAUGUCACCAUUUUUGUGUUACCCUGUCACCAUUUUUCCAUUUGACUCGGAAAAGGACUCGAAUACAACACUGUAACGUGGACACCAACAUAUUUGGUGUCCCAGUUAUGCGCGACAGGCUACAAAAAUGCACAGAUAUAAUUAAAACUAGGUCAGAUGACCACUCUUGUGCCUUACAUACUGACAUGACACAACAAGUGAAAUAUUAAAGCUAAAG